GUCCAGACUAUCACAGCACAUUACACCGGCCAGCAGCUUUACUGCCGUAAACGAGCCGAUCCUAGACUAUGCGCCUGGCAGCUCUGAAAGGAAAGCAGUCGAAGAAUCUCUGAAGAGGAGAUGGGGAACUCAAGAAGACAUUCCCUGUGUGAUCGGAGGAAAGGAGAUCUUUACUGGAAACACAGAAACAGAAGUAGCGCCUUUUGAUCAUCAGCACGUGCUUUGCAAAGUACAUUAUGCUGACAAGAUGGUGAUUGAGACGGCCAUCAAAACGGCGCUGGAGGCCAGAGAUGAAUGGGAUAGGAGACCGCUGCAGGAGAGGGUUGCUAUUCUUGUGAAGGCUGCAGAUCUGGCUUGUGGUAAAUACAGAGCGGAGCUUGCCGCUAGCUGUAUGAUGGGACAGGCUAAGACCGUCCUCCAAGCCGAGAUCGAUAUCGUCUGCGAGCUGGCCGACUUCUACCGCUUCCACGGCCAGUACGCCCUCGACUGGUUGGAAAACUCUCAGCCCAUCAGCACGUCCGAGUCGACGAACACCAUCCAAUGCCGAGGUCUCGAAGGCUUCGUGGCAGCCAUUGCACCUUUCAACUUCACAGCCAUCGGAGGCAACUUAGCUGGCACUCCUGCAAUGAUGGGUAACGCUGUGGUAUGGAAACCAAGUCCAAACUCUGUCUACUCGUCCUACGUCGUCUUCAACAUCUUAAGAGAAGCAGGAGUUCCGGACGGUGUCAUCAACUUUGUACCAGCCGAUGGACCUGUCUUUGGGGAUACGGUCACCAGCAGUCCAGACUUGGCUUGCGUCGCUUUUACUGGCAGUACUGGAACAUUUAAGAGGUUAUGGCAGCAGGUCGGUGACAAUCUGAACAUCUACAAGACCUUCCCAAAGAUUACUGGAGAAUGUGGUGGCAAAAACUUCCAUCUUGUCCACCCAACGGCCGACCUGGAGUCUGCCGUCGUCGGAACGCUGCGCUCUGCCUACGAGUUCGGAGGUCAGAAAUGCUCUGCUUGCUCCAGAGUCUACGUCCCACAGAGUAUGUGGCCUACAUUCAAGGAAGGGUUGAUCGAGAAGCAGAAACAGAUUAAACUGGGAUCACCACUGGACUUUACCUCAUUCGUCUCCGCUGUAAUUAACGAACCGGCAUUCAACAAAGUGAAAAGCUAUGUGGAUUAUGCCAAAGGCUCACCUAAUGUCACGAUUCUUGCCGGUGGAACUUGUGAUGACAGAGUGGGUUACUACGUGGAGCCGACCCUGGUAGAAGUUUCUGAUCCGGCCGAUCGCAUGAUGAGAGAGGAGAUCUUUGGACCUGUAGUCGCUGCUUAUGUAUAUCCAGACGAAAAGUAUGAAGAUAUCGUGAAAUUCAUCGACUCCACGUCACAUUAUUCCUUGACUGGUGCCCUCUUUGCCGGAGACAGCAAAGUGAUUGAGGACACAUGCUCCACCCUUCGUGAUACCGCUGGUAACUUCUACGUCAAUGAUAAGAGCACCGGGUCGGUCGUGGGUCAGCAGCCAUUUGGAGGUGCAAGGAAUUCAGGUACAAACGACAAGCCAGGUAGCUCCCUCUAUCCUCUCCGCUUUGUGUCGCCGCUUACCGUCAAAACCACCCACGCUCCUCUACGAGGAUGGCGUUACGCUCACAUGAAUGAAUAAAUCAGACAAAUUGGACUUUAAUAGCUCUUUCUGCAUGGAGAGCCAAAAAAGCAUCACUUUGUGUUGAAGUAAAUGAGUCUGGCUUUAAAUGGACGAUGCCAUCGACUGAAAUGUGCAUGCUGUUGCAAGCUGUGAGAUGCCCAAACAUCCAUGAAA